AUGCUCCGCAUGCUCGGUAUACUCACCGCCAGAGUCAUGAUUGACAACAAGGCACCGCACAACGACACAUGGAUCACGCUUACUACGGAGUAUGUCCAGUCAGGUACAUCAUAUGCCCACCAGCUGAAGUUCUGGCCUGGCUUCAUGAGACCAUUGGUUCACAGGUUUCUGCCGGAAUACUCCGAGAUUCAACGUCAGUUAAGUGACGGGCGGUCUAUUCUAGUGCAGGCCAUUGAAAACUUCAACAAGCGAGAAAACCAAGGAUCACCCGAACCACAGCCAACGAGUGUCUUGUAUCAUAUGUCACGCAAGGCAGCCGGAACCUCUUCGUCGAUCAUCGAUAUGCACCUCAAGGAACAGAUGAAUCUCGCAGUUGGAGGCAUUCACACCACAUCAGCCGUUUUGACGCAAACUCUUUUCGAACUCUCUUCUCAUCCUGAGUAUGUUCCGGAGCUGAGGCAGGAGGUUGUCGAUACCCUGCGCAAGUUUGACGGUGUUCUCUCCAAGGCAGCUCUGUGGGAUAUGCACAAGCUUGACAGCUUCAUCCGCGAAGCCCAUCGUUUAAACUCACCUAAUCUGACUACCCUGCAACGACGCGCGACAAGGGAUGUCACCUUAUCAGAUGGCACCUUCAUUCCCAAGGGUACCAAGCUUGAGUUCCCUACCUUUGCAAUCCACCGCGAUACCGACUUCUACGAAGAUGCGACCAACUUUGAUGGAUACAGAUUUCUGAGGAAGCGUCACGAGGAUGAGGAGACCAGUGCCAAGCAUCACUACGUCAGUGCUCGCAAAGAUAUGUUGGGAUGGGGUUACGGAAAGACGGCUUGCCCCGGCCGAUUUCUCGCCGACAUCGAAAUCAAGCUCAUCGUCGCCUUCAUUCUUCUGAACUAUGAUAUCAAGAAUCCAGAGGGUCAAGGAAGGCAUAAGAGUGUCCACUUUGAGAACCAGGUCUUCCCCAAUCCAUCAAACCCGGUCCUGAUCCGCAAAAUACAACGGGAGGGACUUGAUGGCAUCAAGACUGGUAGAAACUAG